AAAAGCAAACAAAUACCAAUGAUACCAGUCAUCAUAUCGUUUGGUUGUAAAUCAGCAUUACUUAUAUUAUCAAAAAAGUUUUAUGGGGCUUAUAUAACGGCACGCGUUUGCCACCAAAGUUAUUUGUUGGUUGGUUAUCUGACAUUCAUCCAGGUUUGCAAAAUGGCAUAUUUAGGUAAAGAGUUUAAGUUAGACAAAGAAGAAAAUGUGGAUGCUUUGAUUGCUUAUAUUGAUUCUGCUGACCCUAAUUCAAAAGCUAAGUCUAUCUUGCAUUUCAAACCAAAUCAGAAAAUUGUGAAGAAUGGUGACGAAUACACGAUUACACUUAACGCCGGUGAUUUUAAAAAGGAAAUAAAUUUUAGGCCUGGUGUGCCAUUCGAUGAUGAACUUGGUGAUGAUGUUAAGGUAAAAUCUACUGUCAAUGUUGAGGGUGAUACCUUUACUCAAGUAAUGGACUUCGGGGCUAAAGGCGCUAUCACUUUAAAAAGAGAAUACCAGGCAGAUUCCCUUAAAAUUGUAAGUAAUUUUAAAUAACCAAUCAAAUAGGGAUGAUGACUAAUUUUUGUUUGUUUGUACGUCAGGUAGUGUGUUAAAAAAUAAUAAAUACGUAUUUUUUUCGUAAUCAUAAAAUUACGGCUUUAC